UCGCUCGGUUCAGUCGUAUAUUCGCGUUCGACGGUAACAGAUGUGACCCAAUGUGUCUCCCAACAUGUGUUAGGGUGCAACACUACCCAUCCUCAUACAAAUCGUGCCCCUCUGAAGAAACAUAGACAAACGGCAGUUUGAAUUUUUCGAGUGUGCAGCUGAAGAUUGUUCUGUUGAACUGUGAACUACCUUUGGGAUUUCUGUGUGUGCAGUGCGCGUUCCGCGUGCAAUUCACGACUGUGUCGAACUCUCCGUAGUCUGUCUGCCAAUUGACCAGAGUUUGUCCGCCACAGUGUUCGUUUGCGUAUUUGUCGACGGUCGAUCCGGUCAAGAGUCAUGGUGUUGAUAAGUGAGCUCAUUAUCGCCGCCCUGCUGGGGCUGCUAAUCUAUCGCUUUUAUCGGUAUCUGUUCGAACGACCUUCGGAGAACUUCCCGCCGGGACCUCCGAGGUUGCCCCUGCUGGGAGGAUACCCUUUUAUGUUGGCCCUGAACUACAAGCAUCUACACAAAGCAGCGGCCAGAUUGUCACAGCUGUACAAGAGCAAGUUGAUUGGGCUCUACCUGGGACCGCUGCCGGCGGUCAUUGUCAACGAUUACGACACGGUGAAGGAGGUCCUGACCCGGCCCGAAUUCGAUGGACGUCCGGAUCUAUUUAUGGCCAGAUUGCGAGAUCAGCACUUCCAGCGGAGAGGAAUCUUCUUCACCGACAGCGAAAGCUGGCGCGAGCAGCGUCGCUUCUUCCUGAGAACUUUGCACCAUUUCGGCUUUGGACGCCGUAGUCCCGAAGCCGAAGCGGACAUCCAAGCCGGCCUGGAGGAUGUGAUCAGUCUGCUGCGCGAUGGACCCAAGUAUGAGCACGAGAAGGCCCUCGUCGACAGUGCCGGAUUUGCCCUCUGUCCGACCGUAUUCUUCGCCGUGUUCUCGAACGUUCUGCUGCGGAUGAUCGUCGGCGUCCGACUGGCGCGGGAGGAUCAGGCGGUGAUGUUUGAGGUCGGUAAGAAUGCCAUCGCAUUCCACCGCAACGGCGACGACUACGGUAUGCUGUUGAGCUAUAUCCCGUGGAUUCGGCACCUGUUCCCGAAGACCACCAAGUACGAUCUGCUGCGGAAGGUCAACCAGCAGGCCAAUGCCGUGAUACUCAGCCUGGCUCAGAAGUGCGAGAGCUCGUACGAUGAAAACGAUAUACGCUGCCUUGUGGAUGCCUACAUCCAAGAGAUGAGAGCAACUGGAAGCAAGGGAGAAUCUACCGGAAAGGACGAGUUCGGAUUCCAAUAUGAUCAACUGGUUAUAGGCGCCGCUGAUUUCCUGGUGCCACCGUUUUCAGCCAUUCCCGCUAAGAUCUGCCUAAUCCUGGAACGCCUCAUACAAUACCCCGAGGUUCAAACCAAAAUGUACCGCGAGUUGAACGAAGUAGUUGGAUUGAACCGUCUACCGACGUUGGACGAUCGAGCAGAUCUCCCGUACUGCGACGCCGUCAUUCGGGAAGGCCUCCGUAUCGAUGCUCUGGUCCCCUCAGGAAUACCACAUAUGGCCGUCACCGAUACCCAGCUGAAUGGCUAUCAGAUCCCCAAGGGAACCGUCAUCGUAAACUCCCUAGAAUUCAUCCACCAUCAGCCGGAAAUUUUCCGGGAUCCGGAUUCGUUCAUGCCGGAGCGCUUCUUGACCCCAGAUGGCAAACUGGCCCUCGAUCAGGAUAAAACCCUUCCAUUCGGUGCGGGUAAGCGCGUUUGUGGCGGUGAACAGUUCGCCCGCAAUGCGCUCUUCCUGGGGGUGACUUCGCUUGUACAGAACUUCACCUUCCAGCUGCCGGCCGGACGUGCCUGUCCCGAUCUGGACGGCCGCAUCACUGGAGUCAUCCAGACUACGCCCGACUUCCGGCUAAAGUUUGUGAGCCGUCGCUAGACGAUGGAAGAUCGCUGAGCGAGAGAGAACAUGCGCAACUAACCCUUUAACCACGACGACAUCACAUGGAUCAACCAUCUUCUCAUCGACCAGAACAACUAUCGUAAGAGUAGCCGUUAAGUCACCACACUUUGUUUCGUGUAAUAAUAGUAUGUAAUAUUUACUGUGUAGUGGAUAAGACAUUUUACUGGAAUCACAAUAAAGAUGAUAUUUAACCUUA